AUGUCUCUGCACUACCUUCCUCCCGUCAAGCCCUCCGCCAUCGCUCUGGGCACUGCUUUCAACCACGGUGUUGAGCUCGCCGUCCUCGCCCCCAUCUUCGGCCAGACCUACCAGCGCGCCAAGUCCUCAAACACCAAGGAGGAGUUCAUCCGCUCCAAGGAGGCUUCCGGCGCUGCUCUCGCCUGGGGUUCUUCCCUGACCGGCUCUGCCCUCCAGGCCUACGGUGUCGGUGCUCUCAUCAACGCCACUGGCACUCUCACCUACAAGGGCGCUGCUUACCUUGGAGCUCUCAUCUUCUUCGCUACCUCUGCUCCCGGCUACGUCUCUCAGAUCUUCGUCGAGAAGCGACCUCUCGACACCGUCGGCGUCAGCCUGGCUACCAAGCUCGUUGAGACCCUCGGUCUCUCCGUCUUCCUCACUUGGUGGGGAACCCGAACCAACCCCUUUGAGUAA